AUGGAUUUAAACCCAGAUGAUGUUCCGGUAAAAAAACCGAAAAAAGUACGAAAUUCUGUUAUUAUUCGUGACAAAAAAGUUAAAGGCUUAGAGCAUGUAAACCAUAAAGGCCGUUUAAUACCAGCAAAAAGCCUGGGCGAAGAUUGUAGAUGUGCUCGCUUUAAAUGUUUUACUGUUUUAUCUGAGCAAGAAAGGCAAAAUGUAUUGACAGAGUUUUACAAAAUUCAGUCAAAAAACCUUCAAGACUCACAUCUUUGCGGUCUCAUAAGGGUGGACCCAAUCAAGCAAAGAAGAUCUCGUAAGUCAAACAGAAGAAGCCUAGUACAGUAUUCCGACUCAUCAGAAGAAGAAUACGCUAGACCUAAUGAUUAUGCCCAUGCCGCGGCUUACAGAUACAAAAUACGUACAAAGCAGAUUGAUAAUAAUAAUUAUUACAAAGAAAUACCUGUGUGUAAAAGAGCUUUCCUCAGUCUACACGGAAUAACGUCGGCAAGACUCAGAAGAUUACAGUCAAGUCUUUCUGAAAAUUUAAAAUCGCCCACUGACAGAAGAGGUCAACACAAAAAUAGACCGAAUGCUUUACCUGAAGAAAUCGUAAAUUUCAGAGAGAAAAUCCGAAGAGGUAUUAUUUAG